AGAAUACGUUUUUUUAAAGUUAGAAAAUGGUGACGAAACAUUCACCUUAUUCCUCUCAAUAGCAACUGCACUCUAGCACUGCAUUGAUGUUACAUGCUAUAACAAACAUUGAAGCAGUUCUUCAGUUAAACACUACGUGUGUGUGUGUAUGUUGCACAACAACUUCAUACUUUAAAAACGAUCAACUUUUUGUUUUCAUCAAAACAUUUCAAAUUGUAAUUUUCUAUUUGUUCCGUGGAAUUCAUCGCUUGUCAGUCUUCAAGUUUUCAAGACAAGGGAAAUAAUUGUUCUAAUUUGGUUUACUACAAGGGGACUACGCCGAUACUGACGAGUCGAAGUGCUUCAUUAACCUUAAUAAAGAUCUGGCCUAAAUUAGUGAUGCGAAAGCAGAUUUUGCUUAAUGGCCAUGAACAGACCGUUUCGAUUGGUCGUGAUUAAAUUAUUUCUGCAAAAAGAGCUUCCGGUGACACGAAAGUCAAGGUCUCCAAGCACAUCACCAUCCUGUUGGGUCUGUUUGAAAUGGAUGUCCACAUCAUCACUCAUAGGUCCAGACAACAUAGUCCGCAGUCACUUGCCGGACAUCAACUUACCUACCAAUAUCCCAUUUCACCAGUUCCUGUUUGAGAAGUGUGACCAGUACAAGACUCUAGUGGCUGUGGAAGAUUUCUUCACUGGCCAGACUUACACAUUUGGCCAGCUCAAGGAAAAGGCCAUUAAAGUGGCCAGUGGCCUGCAUCGGUUGGGCUACCGUAAAGGGGACGUUAUCUCUGUGUACUCUCCAAACCAUGUCCACUACCCUGUUCUGAUGUUGGCCUGUGCCGCCACUGGCAUGUGGUUCAGUUCUGUUAACCCUUCCUCUAAGGAAGAUGAACUACAUCGCCAGUUACUUCACAGUGGUUCUAAAGCUGUUUUUACAGCGCCCAGCUCUGUUUCCCAAGUGUCAAACGUGGUGAGAAGUAGAGACAGUCAAGUGAAAGAUCUCUUUGUGUUUGGCUCAGCGGAAGGAUUUCAAGGAUUUCGACCGUUUCAGACUUUACUGGAUGACGAUGGUCAAAUGUUUCCAGACGUGGAUAUUAAUCCAGUGGAGGAUGUUUUUAUUUUACCUUACUCCAGCGGUACAACUGGAUUACCUAAAGGUGUAAUGUUAACACAUUAUAACUUUAUGGCCAACUGUCUACAGAUUGCUGCAAGCCUGCCAACUAGCCCAGAUGAUCGUGUGAUUGGAUUAUUGCCCUUGUUUCAUAUUUUCGGAAUGAUUGCUGUCCAGUUUUCUGUUUUCCUAGGCGGUAGCUCAGUUGUCUACCUUCCAAAGUUUGAACCAGAGACAUUUCUCAAGUGUCUUCAAGACAAACAGAUUACACUGGCUCACCUGGUACCACCACUUGUAGUCUUCCUUGCCAAACAUCCACUAGUCAGUCAAUACAAUUUGGGAUCCGUCCAGAGAAUUGUUUGUGGCGCUGCACCGCUGGGCCCUCAACUGACGCUAGAAGUUAUACAGAGACUCGACCAUGGCGUCACAAUCAAUCAAAUCUUCGGCUUAACUGAAACCAUUUGUCCAGCCUUGGAUGUCACAAGCACUCCAGGUUCUGUUGGCUACAUGGUCGUCAAUACACUUGGGAAGUUUGUGAACACAGAAAAUAAAACACUGCCACCUGGGGAAGCUGGAGAGUUCUGUGUGAAAGGUCCUCAGGUCAUGAAAGGUUAUUAUAAGAAUAAACAGGCGACUGAUGAGAUGAUUGAACCGAAUGGCUGGAUUCAUACAGGAGAUGUUGGUUUCGUCUCUGAGAGUGGUUUGAUCUACAUUCAAGACAGAAUAAAGGAAAUAAUCAAAUACAAAGGCUUUCAAGUCCCUCCAGCUGAGCUUGAAGCCUUACUUUUGGGUCAUCCAGAUGUCCAGGAUGCUGCUGUGUUGGGAGUACCCGACCUAGAAUGUGGAGAGUUACCCAAAGCUUUUGUUGUCAAGAAACCAGGGUCAAAGGUCAAUGAACAGGAACUUCUUAGAUAUGUUGAAGAUCGAGUUUCUCCAGUGAAAAGAUUACGAGGUGGAGUGCUAUUUAUAGACGACAUUCCCAGGAACCCUAGCGGGAAAAUAUUGAGGAAUAUUAUUGGAAAUAAAUAUUUAUAACUCCUCUAGGGCCUACGUAAAAACAUACACUCUGAAAUUGUUUGCCUAAUGCACUUUGUGCCCCUCUAGAAAACUAAUUUCGUGUUUUGUUUAUGUUGACCUUUUUUUGAUAUAAACAAUGUUUUUCUUUUCUUUCUGAUCAGAAACUUCAUUUCACAGUGUUUUUAGUGAUUUUCUAAAUCUGUUUUUUGCACGACAAAAUAAAUACACCAAGUAUGUAAAUAAAUUAUGAUGCCCUAAAAAUUUCAUUAAAUUUGUCAGGAUUGAGCUCUGGUCAUCCUGGGUCUCCUGUUAACAUUAGAGAAGAAAAGGGGGGGGGGGGGCAAUUCAGGUUGUUGACUUUAAGAUUGUUUUUUGUUUUGGAUUGUUUUACUUUGUGAGAUGUUUUUUUAAUGGAAUGUAACAUAGUAAAACAGUGUGGUUUUUAUUCAUAGUCCAGGACAGUUGGAUUUUACUUAUAGAGUUGAAGUAUAGACUCUUAAUUAUUGUUGUGUAGUUUUUAAUCAGUCUAUGGGUUAUUGAGCUGUAAUAUAUUAAUUGAUACUGGAUAUUUCAUUUGCCUGAACUGUGCCUGUAUUUUACUUACAUUUUCAA